GGGACCAAGGUUUGCUCUAUUGUCGACUUAUACCCAAGCUCUAUAAAUACUCUCGCCUAUCUCCACUUCACACAGCAACGUGUAUUCCUUUGUUUUCUACCUGACUCCUCUUUCACCGUUUCCUUAUAACCACUACACAAAACAGACACACACUUCUCUUUGUAUCUCUCAAAAACAAGAGUUUCCUUCUAGUGUUUCGACGAUCAUAUAUCUACAUAUAAUGAUGGGUUUCUCAAUGUUCUUCUCCGAAAACGAUGUUGUCCAUCACUCUUCGGCUUAUGCUUCUGUUGACUGCACUCUCUCUCUUGGAACUCCUUCAACUCGCCUCUGCAAUGACGACGAUGACCGUAGAUUCUCGUCUCACACUUCCAACAAUAUAUCCAACGCCUUAGGCUCAUGGGACUUCUUGCACGGUGGCAAGAAAGGCGGUGGUGGCGGCGGAAAUAACCUAUUGGCUCGCCGUUGCGCUAACUGUGACACCACUUCUACACCUCUUUGGAGAAACGGUCCAAGAGGUCCCAAGUCAUUGUGCAAUGCGUGUGGAAUCCGAUUCAAGAAGGAAGAGAGACGUGCGUCGACCGCCAGAAACUCUACUUCCGGCGGAGUAUCAACCGCAGCGGCUGGCGUUCCGGCCUCCGAUCAUCACGGAGUUACAAAUUAUUACUAUAAUAACAACAAUAAUAAUAACAAUCAUUAUGAUUCAUCGUCGCCUUGGAUUCACCACCAACAUCAAAAUACGCAAAGAGUUCCUUAUUACUCGCCAGCGAAUAACGAAUAUUUCUUUCGUUGAUGAUGUCAGAGACGAUAAUAAUGACCUCACGUCCGACCCGUUCUUGUCUUGGAGGCUUAACGUAGCCGACCGGGCCAGCCUUGUCCACGACUUUCCAAUGUGAUGAAUGAUCGUCACAUAGAUUUUUCCCAUUAAAUGUCUUAGCCUUGUAUACCACCUUAAUUCUACCAACAAUAACAAAAAGAAACCAUGGCCUUGGCCAAAGUAUUUAA